AUGUCCCACUCCCGGCCGUCCUUUGACUCCCUCCCGCUCCGCGCCGACGGCCCCCCCGGCAAUGCCUGGGGCCUCUACGGCGCCUCCGAUCAGCUCGGCACCCUCAACCUCCUCACCCCCGCGCGCAUCGCCGCCGCCGCCGCCGCCGAGAUCCGCGACGGCACCCGCGUCCCGACCGACUGGCCCCUCGACAGCAUGCAGCCGCCCGCCUUUGGCCGGCAGCCCUUCCACCACCAAAUCGUGCACAAGUGGCCGCCGCGGCCCGUCAACGACGACGUCGUCACCUUCAACACGCAGUCGAGCACGCAGUGGGACGGCUUCCGGCACUACGGCAGCGCCGACGGGCGCUUCUACAACGGCACCACGCAGGAGCAGAUCAUGACCACGGACGAGAUGGGCACCCACGCCUGGGUGGAAACCGGAGGCAUCGUCGGCCGUGGCGUGCUCCUCGACUGGGCCGCCUGGGCCGAGCGCCAGGACCGCAAAGUCGACGUGCACAGCAGCCACGCCAUCACCGCCGCCGUCCUCGACGAGGUCGCCGCCAGCCAGGGCAUCGCCGCCUUCCUUCCAGGCGACAUCCUGUUCAUCCGCACCGGCUUCACCGAGUCCUACGACCGGAUGGCCGCCGAGGCGCGCGCCGCGCUGACCAAGGACUACGCGCCCGACUCGAUCGGCCUGGAGAGCUCGCGCGAGACGCUGCGCUGGCUGUGGGACCGCGGCUUCGCGGCCGUGGCGGGCGACCAGCCGGCGCUCGAGGCGCUGCCGUUUCCGAAGCACGAGCACGUGCUGCACGAGUGGCUGUUGCCGGGCUGGGGCAUGCCGAUCGGGGAGCUGUUCAGCCUGAAGCGGCUGAGCGAGGCGUGUGCGGAGAAGAAGCGAUGGACCUUUUUCUUCACCAGCAUGCCCAUUUAUGUUAAGGGUGGUGUCGCCAGCCCGCCCAAUGGGAUUGCAAUCUUUUGA